GCUGGGGCUUGAGGCUGGGCGGUGACGUCAGCGGGGCAGUGCGGAGCCGGCGCGGCUCGCUAUAAGCCGGGGAGCUGUCCGGUGCUGAAGCGGCCGAGCCCUCUCCCAGGCGGCGGGCGGAGCAUCCCAGCGUGCCUUCUCCACGCUAGGAGAAACAGGAAACCUCUCAAAUAUGGCAAAAGCUAAGACCCACCACCUUGGAGCAGCUCUGUCUCUUAUCCAUCUAAUUAUGCUCAUCUCUGGAACCCAGGCAGCUUCCUUUCAGCGAAACCAGCUGCUACAGAAAGAACCAGACCUCAGAUUGGAAAAUGUCCAACGGUUUCCCAGCCCCGAAAUGAUCAGGGCAUUGGAGUACAUCGAAAAGCUCCGACAACAAGCUCACAGAGAAGAAACCAGCCCAGACUAUAAUCCCUACCAAGGUGUCUCUGUCCCCUUGCAGCAAAAAGAAAAUGGUGAAGUAAGUCACUUGGCAGAGAGUUCAAGGGAUUCCCUGAGUGAAGACGAGUGGAUGAGGAUCAUACUUGAAGCUUUGAGACAGGCUGAAAAUGAGCCCCAGUCUCUCUCAAAAGGAAACAAGCCGUAUGCCUUCAGCUUGGAGAAGAACUUCCCGGUGGACCUCACUGAUGACUAUGACACCCAGCAGUGGCCGGAAAGGAAACUCAAGCACAUGCGCUUCCCGCUGAUGUAUGAAGACAGCUCCAGGGACAACCCCUUCAAACGCACAAACGAAAUCGUAGAGGAACAGUAUACGCCCCAAAGUUUGGCUACCCUGGAGUCUGUCUUCCAAGAGCUUGGGAAACUGACAGCGCCGAGCAACCAGAAACGGGAGAGGGUUGAUGAGGACCAGAAACUCUACGCGGACGAUGAAGACGACAUCUACAAGACCAACAACAUUGCCUACGAAGAUGUGGUCGGGGGAGAGGACUGGAGCCCCAUCGAGGAGAAAAUAGAGAGCCAAACCCACGAAGAGGUGAGAGACAGCAAAGAGAAUACGGAAAAAAAUGAGGAAAUCACUGAAGAGGUGAAGCGCUCAGGGCAGUUGGGGCUACAGGAUGAAGAUGCUCAGAACGAGAGUAAAGACCAACUUUCAGAGGAUGUCGCCAAAGCCAUCGCCUAUCUGAGAAGGUUAGUGAAUGCUGCGGGCAGUGGGAGGUCACUUAAUGGGCAGGAUGGGGAAAGGGCCAGCAGGCUUCUUGAGAAACCACUUGAUUCUCAGUCUAUUUAUCAGCUGAUUGAACUCUCCAGGAACUUACAGAUACCCCCUGAAGACUUAAUCGAGAUGCUCAAGACCGGUGAGAAGCCCAGUGGACUGGUGGAGCCAGAACCGGAGCUCGACCUUCCUGUCGACCUAGAUGACAUCUCUGAGGCCGGCAUAGACCGUCCAUUCCCAAACAAGAUGCUCUCCAAGGGUGGGUACACCAAGACCCUCGGUCAUGCUGAGACAGAUACCCUGCCUGAUGGGCUCACGAUGGAGGACGUUUUAAGUCUUCUAGGGAUGGAGAAUGCAGAAAGUCAGAAGCCCCCAUAUUUCCCCACUCAGUAUAACCGAGACAAGAUUGCAAUGAGGCUCCCCUAUGGUCCUGGGAAAUCUAGAGCAAGCCAAUUCCCCAAUGCUGCUUGGAUGCCAGAGGUUGAAAACAAAGAGGCACCUGCGUAUGAAAGCCAGAAUGACAAGGAUAAGGAAUUAGGAGAGUACUUAGCCAGAAUGCUAGUAAAGUACCCUGAGCUCUUGAAUUCAAACCAGCUCAAGCGUGCGCCCAGCCCAGGCUCCUCGGAAGGUGACCUACAGGAAGAGGACCAAUUCGAGCAGGCCUUCAAAGAUCACGGGAGUCAAGGAGGCUCUCCGGACACUGACAGACUGACUCCUAUGAGCAAAAGGUUCCCAGUGGGGGCCCUGAAGAAUGAUGGCUUCCCGAGCAGACAGUACGUGGAUGAAGACCUGCUCAUGAAAAUGCUGGAGUACCUCAACCAAGAAAAGGCAGAGAAGGGGAAGGAGCAUAUUGCAAAAAGGGCCAUGGAAAACAUGUAAGCGGCUCUGAUGAUUGCCCUGUUUGCCGCCCCCACCCCCACCAAGUGAAGCCCCUACAUUUCUCUUUAGUGUUUGACUUCUAUCCUGUUAACACUGUAAUAUCUUUAAAUGAUGUACAGGCAGAUUAUCCCAGGUCCUUGGGGAGUCUGCUCCCACUUGCUCUGAGCUGUUCUCUUGUGUAUGAAUAUAUGUGUAAAUGUUAUGAUUCCUGGAUUUAACAAUUACAUCCUUUACUCAAGAAAGGUAUCGAUGAUUGUGUUCAGUAGUGUCUCUCCUGGUUAUUUAUGGCAUUGCUGAUGCUCACCUAUGAUGAAGAGUGUCUCAUAAUUCUCUUGAAAGUUUUUAAUAUUUCUUGAAUUAUUUUGUUACUGUCUGUAGUGUUUUGUGGAGUACUGGAGCAAAUACAAUAAAGCAUUAUGAAUAUA